CCGGCGCAGGCGCACAGGGGACGGUCGCUGCCCAUGGGGAGCGGAAGCGUCUCUGCGACGGCGCUGUCUCUCAGAGGCGGGUCCAGUAAAGCCAGCGAGGCCCUGCUGACCAUCGGGGAAGGAGGCGUGGAUAUGGAGCCGGCGGCUGCAAAGCCCCGGGCCCGCGCCGCUGCCUAGCGCGUCCCGGGGGUUCCGUGGGGACGCGCCUGCCGCCGCAGCUCCGGGACCUGUAGAACCCCGCGCUGCGCGGAUGGCCCUGCUCCCGCUCCCCGCGCUCAUCCUGCUCCUCCUCACGGCCGCUGUUGUCAGGUGCCAGGAGCAGGCCCAGACCACCGACUGGAGGGCCACCCUGAAGACCAUCCGUAACGGCAUUCACAAGAUAGACACGUACCUGAACGCCGCCUUGGACCUCUUGGGAGGCGAGGAUGGUCUCUGCCAGUAUAAAUGCAGUGACGGAUCUAAGCCUUUCCCACGUUAUGGUUAUAAACCCUCCCCACCGAAUGGAUGUGGCUCUCCACUGUUUGGUGUUCAUCUUAAUAUUGGUAUCCCUUCCCUGACAAAAUGCUGCAACCAACACGAUAGGUGCUAUGAGACCUGUGGCAAAAGCAAGAAUGACUGCGACGAGGAGUUCCAGUAUUGCCUCUCCAAGAUCUGUCGAGAUGUACAGAAAACACUAGGACUAACUCAGCAUGUUCAGGCCUGUGAAACAGCAGUGGAACUCUUGUUUGACAGUGUUAUACAUUUAGGUUGUAAACCAUAUCUGGACAGCCAGCGAGCCGCAUGCAGGUGUCAUUAUGAAGAAAAAACCGAUCUUUAGGAGAUGCUGACAGCUGGUGACCGAAGAAGACCGAAGAACAUAACCUUUGACAAAUAACUAAUGUUUUUACAACAUAAAACUGCCUUAUUUUUGUGAAAGGAUUAUUUUGAGACCUUAAAAUAACUUAUAUCUUGAUCUUAAAACCUCAAAGAAAAAAAGGGAGAUAAUAAGGGGAGGGCACGCUUGUCUUCUGAGGUAUCUUCCUGGGCACUGCCCCCUUAGUAUGCCAAAUGUCUUGACCAGUAUCAAAAGCAAGUGCUCAUUAAGGGGAGAAUUUUUGGAAAGAAGAAUAUAUAACUUAGUUUUCACACCUAUAUUUACCAAAAAAAGAUCAAAUAUAAAAUUCAUUAUAAGGUCUGUUCAACAUUAUCUUAUUUGGAAAUAUGGGAAAAUCAUCACUUACAAGUAUUUGUUUACUACAAAAUUUUAAAUACACGUUUAAGCCUAGAAGGAACGGACUUAAAAAAAUUUUUUUUCUCUCUUAAUUACACAUACGUAAUUAAAAUACAACAUAAUAUUUGUUGUUUCUCUGUAGCCCGUUGAGCAUAGAGUAAGUCACAUUUCUAUUAGGACUACUUACAAGGACAAGGUUUUCAUUUUUCCAGUUGUAAAAUUGGAACCAUCUGCUGAUAACCUCGUAGAGAGCAAACCCAGGAUAUUUAAAUAUCAUAUGCCUUGAAGGUGAUGUGAAUGCAAUUCAGAAGUAUAGCCACUCCCAUUUUAUGAGCUACUCACAUGAUAAAUGUCCUAUUUUGCUAUAACCUUUGCCAAAUUGGAGUAAAGAUGGACUUGAUGAGAUAAAUGAAAAGAUAUUUAACAUAAUUCAUCAAGGCACUAUUUGCUGUUUAUUUCCCAGCAUUUAUUCCUUAUAGUAGAUUUUUUAAAGACUGUAACCUUUUACUAACUGUGGUCUUACUCUAAUUUGUGCUUGACACUGCUUUUUAAAAAUCCUUUAACUGGAGCCAAAGGGAUGGAAAAGGCAAGACAGAAAUGACUGCCUUUUACAGAUCUCUUAUUUACAUUGAAAAUUAUUACCAUAUGUUUAGAGCAAAUCCCAGAAAACUUCAGCAGCUUCUGAAGACAUCUAUGAAUGUUGAAAACUUUUCAAUCUCUUGGAAUGUUGAGUUUUGUUCCUAGACUGGUCUUUGCUUACUGCUGUUGUUAACCUUUCCCUGGUGCAGGCCCUCAAGCCAUGUGUAGCCUUUGGGUAACCCAUGGCCAAAGGUAUUAAGAUGAACUGAGUUUCAAAGUCAGAGAAGGACAGCAUAGGGAGAGGUGGUUCUUUGUAAGUCAUUACAGGUAGAACAGGGCAGAAGAAAAAAUAUUUUCUGGAGAAAGGGCCAUGUUCCUCACUUUGGAGAUGUGUCAUUGCCAGGAACCUAAUAUCAUCCAACUUGAAUUGGUCUGCUCUAUUGAGACAAGGCACAUGUAUGCCUUGUGGCUAAUUGAGCAAACAAACUGGGAUUCCAUUUAAAUGUUUGGAACUCUCAAUUGAUACUUUAUUUCAAACCUUUAUAAAAGGUACAGUUUUGUAAGCCAUUAUUAACACUUAAUGCUUAUAGGCUGGGUGCAGUGGCUCGCGCUGUAAUCCCAGCAGUUUGGGAGGCUGAGGCGGGUGGAUUACUUGAGGUCAGCAGUUUGAGACCAGCUGGCCAACAUGGCAAAAUGCUGUCUACUAAAAAUACAAAAAUUUGCCAGGCGUGGUGGCACAUGCCUGUAGUCACAACUACUUGGGAGGCUGAGGCAGGAGAAUCACUUGAACCCAGGAAGCAGAGGUUGCAGUGUGCCAAGAUUGUGCCACUGCACUCCAGCCUGGGCAACAGAGCGACACUCUGUCUUAAAAACAACUUAAUGAUUUAUCAAUAUUUAUUACUGAAAUACUUCUCCAGGUAAGUUUAAACUUAUAAUGAAUUCAUGGAUUUUCUUAGCAGCAUUGGCUUUCUCAAAAGGAAAAACUCAGUAUCUUUGUAAAAUAUAAUUAAUUCAUGAUCACAAAUUAUACAAAAAUCAGUAGAAGUGGUUUUUUAUAUUCAGAUAAAAAAAAAACUUGGAAUAAUUUUAGACUUACAGAAAAGUUGCAGAGAUACAUGAAGAGCUUCUGUGUACCACUCACUCAGUUCUCCCAGUGUUAACCUUUUAUUUAACCAUGAAGCAUUUGUCAGAAGCUAAGAAACUAACAUUGGUAAUUACUGUUAAUGGAACUUGAUUUUAUUUUUCAGAUUGCACUAGUUUUUUUAUUGUCAUUUUCCUUUUCCAGGAUCCAGUCUAGGAUACCACACUGAAUUAGUCAUCAUGCCUAAUCAGCCCCUGGUCGUGAUAGUUCCACAGUCUGUCUUUGUUUUUUAUGACCUUGACAGUUUUGAGGAGUACUGGUCAGGUGUUUUAUAGAAUGUAACUCAAUUUGGGUUGUCUGAUGUUUUCCUCAAUAUUAGAAUGGGGUUAUGGAUUUUUAGGAAGAAUAUCAGAGGUGAAGGUCCUUCUCACUGCAUCAUGUCAGGAGUUAUAUGCUAUCAGCUUGAUGGUAUAUUAACUUUGGGCACUUGGUAAGGUAGUGUCUGUUGGUUUUCGCUGCUGAAAAUUACUGUUUAUUUUCCCUUUCCAACUUUGGUUCUUUGGAAAACAGUCACUAAGUCCAGUCAUGGGAGGUGGUGGGUGGUGAAGAUUACAUUCAACCUUCUAGAAAUGGGAAUAUCCAUAGAUAGUACUUGGAAUUUUUCUGUAUAGAAAAUUUGUCUCUCCCUCCCACUGUUUACAUCAGUAUGGACUCAUGUAUAUUUUAUAUUUUGGGUAACACAGUAUUUAUUUUGUUGCUUACGUUGUCCAGCUUGGUUAUUAGGAAUCCUGUCAUGCUUGGUGCCUAUGUUCCUUUGAUGUGCCUAUCCUUUUGAAUAUUGAGCACUUCCUUCCUUUCUGGCACUACAAGAUUCUCCAGGUUCAUCUUGUAUAUUCCCUGCCUCAGCCCUAGAAUUGACCCCUGCUCCAAAGAGCCCUGGUUCCUUUUGUUGGAGAAUGAUACAAGAAACCAAGAUCUGGGCACUAGAGGUGCUUGUUGCUACUGGGAUGUCACUCUUUGUAGCACAGUGGAGAAACAUGUAUGUGUAUUAAUCCAUGCAUGCAUACACACUUAUAAUUAUUAUAUGUGUGUACAAAGCUAAACGUGAGUUUGGACUGCCAUCUUCAACUCAAAAUUUGUCCCACAAUUUUGUGGCAUAUAUUUAGGUUUUAAAGUUGAUAUUUUCCCCAUUGACAGAAUAAACUCAUUAAAAGAGCAAAAAA